UGGUUGUUCGAAUUAAAGGCAUUGCAUUUACUAUCUAUCAAACGUAUCCGAUAACACUUCAGCGUUUAUGUGGAAACGAAAUAAGUUUUAUUUGUUAUUAAACAACGUUCAUCAUAGUUGGGAUUGCAUCUAAGCGUCAGGUUGAAUCGAAGAGUCACGUUAAUCGUAGCGUCGGGCUGCACGAAAGUUUCGGCUUGCUCGUAGAGUCACGUUAAUCGUAGCAUCGGGUUGAAUGGAAGAUUCGGGUUGAAUCGAAAGGUCACGUUAAUCGAAACGUCGGGUUGAAUGGAAGAGUCGGGUUGAUCGGAGAGUAACGUUUAUAGUAACGUCGGGUUUGAUGGUUGUGUCAGAUUGAUUCACAAAGUCACGUUAUCGUUGCAAUGUAGCGUGUAAUCCGUCCGUCGUGUUGCAUUCGUUUCAUGUGUUAGUCUGUUUUGGUCCCAUAUCUUUGUGUUCGUUUUGUUCUGUUACUGUAAGUUUCAAUGUUCAUCAACAACUUGUAUGUUCUACCUGUGGAUAAGCCCCUUUAACAUGGGUUGUCAAUUGGGAAUCGGGAUAAUGACAGACCACGGAACGCUAUAAAGUUAACGCUCAACCUUUCAGUCGAACCAUAAAACGUAUAGUUAUGUGCAAAGCGUUAUCGUAUGUUAAAAGGUGUUAUCGUUAGUGUUGCAGUGAUUAAGCCGUUUUAAGAAUACAUGUACACGAAGUGAAACUUUUAACUCCUUAACCAUCAUUUGGUGGACAUAUGUGGGGAUAGCCAUGAUGUCUAUUUGGAUGUCUUGUUUGGUCACUUUCUCGUCGUUACGGGUGUAUACAGUAGCGGACACAAUACCUGUGUUAGACACUCUGGAGAGAAUUGCCAUCUUUGGGACCGAAUUCUCCACUGACUUGCCGGAAUACCAGUCGGUUGUCGUGCAUCUCUUGAACGGAACGGAAAAUUCCGACGUCGACGUCAAGCAAUUCCGGAAGCGGCCGCCAACACUGCAGUACCGAGUGUCGUUCGGCAACGAAACGUUCACGAUUAAUCUGCGAAAGAAUACGAACAUGAUUUCAUCGGGCUGCAUCAUCCGUCAAGUGAACGGAAGCGGCCACUCAACGGUGAGCCCCUGCAUGGAGCAUGACGUCACGUGCUACUACACCGGAACUACUAGCGCCCACAACGACUCCUGGGUGGCGGCCAGCGUCUGUGGAGGGCUGAAAGGGUUGCUCAGUUUCGGCAACACGAGCCUGUUCAUCUACCCCAUGAAGCGGACAUCGGAUCAGACGUCAACGUCAGCGUCGCCCAAUCACGUAAUCUACCGUUACCAGGGAGACAAGCACGUGUGCAAGACGGAAGACGACGUUACCGACAUACUCUAUCCCACUUCUCAAGCACAAGGGAGGCACCAGGUCAACGAAAUGAAAACCAGGUACAUAGAGGCGGGAAUCGUGGUCGACCCUGUCAUGGCGAGAUUCCACAACGACACCAUUCUCCAGUACGUCUUCACUGGCUUUAACAUCGCGUCGAAGUUGUUCGCAGACCGGUCCAUUGGCACCUUGAUGAAACUCUUAUUGUCAGAGAUCAUUGUGUUCAACUCGUCCAAUGGGUUUGAUGUGAGUGACACAGUGGACGCUGAGAAGACAAUGAAUAGUUUCUGUGAGUGGCAGAGCAAGCAUCACACGCUGAACACAACUGACGUUACCAUCCUUUUAACACGAAAUGAUAUUGAAUAUGGCGCCAAUGACAACGGGAAGUCCACCAUUGGUCUUGCGUUCCCCUUUGGUGCGUGUAAGAUACGAAAUAAGUGUGCCGUCGUGGAAGAUACUGGCCCCGUAUUCGGCCUCACUCUGGCGCAUGAAAUAGGCCACCUUAUCGGCAUGAGCCAUGACAACACAAGCGAUAACCACUGUCCUCCCGCCCUCAUGUCCGCGUCCGGCAAAUCUGGAGUGGACGCCUUCCGGUGGUCCAAUUGCAGCGCAAAGGAACUCAACAACAACAAGUUCAAUCUUGGAUGCCUUGAAAACGCUCCAGUGAGUGGAGACGUUGACAUGACGCACCUGCAUGGCUCCCAGCUCGCCCCGCUGCCUCUACCGGCAUGGUGUACACAGCGGACGAUCAGUGCCGUCUUAUGCUUGAUGACCACGCCUACUUCUUCUUCACCCCAGUACAUGACCCCUGCAAAGAGAUCGCCUGCCACGCCGAUCAUGGCACCAAAUAUUACUCCCAGCCUCUGAUGGACGGGACGGACUGUAACAACACCCGAACAUGGUGCAUGCGCGGCCAGUCAGUUGCGAUGAACACUUCGCUUCAGACAGACCCUAUCCCAGGGGGAUGGAGCCCAUGGGUGAGCGCCACGUGCAGUCGCACAUGCGGGGGAGGCGUUUUGAUGCAGACAAGGACGUGCACGGACCCAAAACCCAGAUACGGCGGGAAGCACUGCGAAGGGCCAUGAAGAAAUACCUGCUUUGUAAUAUGCAGAAAUGUCCCGACUAUAAAAGCCUGAACAUGACGUGUGACGCGUUGGAUAAAGGUA